AUGUCGCACACGAAGCGAGGGCGAUGCGCUGUGGAUCUAUCCAUAUGUACACUCAGUAGCCUUCCCACAGACACUCUUUCUGUUGAAAGAGAGAAUGAUGUGCUUUACCGCCUUUUAGAACUUCUUCCUGAGCGCUACACAAGCAACGUUUUGAAAGAACAGCGGAUUCCGGAAGAGCUCAUCGUUCAGAUUCUCGUCAAGGCACGCGCAAUCAUAGCUAGUGAGCCAAUACUUGUCGAAGUAGAUUCACCCGUUUACGUCUGCGGUGACCUACACGGGCAAUACCACGACUUGGUUAACAUCUUCAAACGAUGCCCACCACUGGGGGGCACUGUUUUUGGAGCUGAUGCGAAGAAGGCACGCAAAGAGACCAACUCGUCAAUGGAUGAUAACACGUACAGUUUUCUACUCCUCGGCGAUUAUGUCGACCGUGGCGCUCGCUCCGUCGAGGUCGUUGUGACCUUGCUUGCUCUCAAGAUUAUUUCGCCACGCCACAUGACUAUGCUUCGUGGCAACCAUGAAGACGAACAAAUCAUGCUAUUGUAUGGGUUCUAUGACGAGUGCAAGCGGCGCUACGGCAUUAAACUAUUCAAAAUGUUUGCCGAUUUUUUCCGUAUACUGCCUGUGGCGGCUCUCAUCAACGGCUCCAUUUUCUGUGUGCACGGCGGUCUCUCUGCCGAGCUUCGUUUCCUGCGAGACAUCCCGGACAUGCGUCCGUGCAACGUUCCACACUCAGGCAUCAUUUGUGACCUUCUCUGGGCAGACCCCGAAGCGGACCUGCCAGCGGGUGUGGACUGGGCCCCUAGUUCGCGCAGAAUAUCAUAUGUUUUUUCCGAACGGGCCCUUGAGCGCUUUUUAGUUGAGAAUGACAUAGAUUUGGUGUGCCGUGCACAUCAAGUGGUCGAAGAAGGUUUUCAGUUUUUCCCGAAUCACAAAAAGCGCCAUUUGCUCACCAUCUUCUCCGCCACUAACUACUGCAACGAGUUUGGAAAUAGAGGCGGCAUUUUAUGUGUAGAUGAAAAGGGGGUGUGCAGCAUCAUCACGCUGGAGCCACCGAACUUUGUCCAGCAACGGGAUAUCAUGCUUUUUCGAGAUCCUCUUCCGAACCCUCUGAACCACGACUGA